CCUAAGUAUGUGUUCAUCUACCUUAGUUCGCCUAUCGCAUUUGUUUAUCAAAACUACACAAUAAUAUCGCACGAGGCCGACUUGCUCUUCUCAUGCUGAAAUAAUAUCGACGACCGCACAUAAAAGAAAUAGCGCAAGCUCAUGACCCUCUAGUUGGCCAUGGACGCUACCACGAUCGAAGAGACGAAUCGUCUUCGUGUUUCCUUGGGCCUGAAGCCUUUGCCCGUGCCUGGGUCAACCGGUCCUCAAUUCAAAAAGAAGGAAUCCACCCCCGAUGAAGAACCUGCAAGCACUCUCGAGACCCGGGAAGCGGCUGCGUACGAUAACUAUAAGAAGGUCAAAGAUGCCGAGGAAGCAAAGAGGAAACGGGAGCAAAAGACGGCCGCCAUCAAAAAGGCCCGCGACGCCGCAAAACGAUUCGAGAAUCUCGAGGGCAAGGGGUUAGGCGAUUUCGAUGACGGGGGUGAUCUCGAUGCCAAAACCUGGUUGGUUAGUCAGAAAAGGCGACAAAAACAAAUCGAAAAGGCACGAAAGCUGGAGGAGGAGCUAGCAAAAGCCGAGGCCGCAGCCGCCGCAGCCGUUCAGUACACGUCCAAAAAUCUUGCCGGAGUGAAGGUCGCCCACGAAGUCGAAGCUUUCGAAGACGGAGAGGAGCAAAUCCUAACCCUCAAGGACGCCAACGUCCUGGAAGAUGAUGAAGGCGACGAGCUGGAGAAUAUCAGUCUGAGAGAACGAGAAAAACUUACUGAAAAGCUUGAGCUAAAAAAGAAGAAGCCCGUCUACGACCCUCACGCGAUUAACGAAAGUGGUGAGCGUAGCAUACUCGCUCAAUACGACGAAGAAAUAGACGGCAAGAAAUCCAAGAGAUUCACGCUUGACGGGCUGGGCAACACUAUUCAGACUGGCGACCUAGAUGCCCGACAGCAGAGCUGGCAACGCCAGAAGAUAAAUCUCGAUAUCCUCCAAGAAGAUCGCCCGACUUCGGAUUAUUUGGACCUCUCGGAAGUCAAGGUCAAGAAACCCAGGAAGAAAAAGUCCAAGUCGACAAGACAGAAGCCAGCGGACGAAGACGACAUGUUCCCUCUGCCGUCGGCGGAGCUAGACCAAUCGAUGGACAUAGAUUCAGGCGCAAGCUUUGUCAACAAGAAACGCAGAACGGAUGACACGGCUUUCCUCGACGAUGAAGAUCUCCAAGCUACAUUAGCCGCCCAGAGGAGGGAAGCUUUGAAAAAACGGAAAAAGACACGACCCGAAGAUAUAGCCCGACAAUUGAGGCAAGAGGCGCAAACACCCGAAGGGGGCGAUGAUUCAGAAGUUGCUCAAGAGGGCGGCCUAGUUCUCGAUGAAAUUUCGGAGUUUGUGUCAGGCCUGAAGAAAGAAGAUGUGGAAGAUCGCAAACCUCGAAAACCAAAGUCACCAAGCGAUGUACCAGCGACCGCGAUGGAGGACGAGUCCGAUGAGGAUGUGCCUAUGAAGGACGGGUACGAGCCCGAACAUGAUAGAACCAAGCGUGAAACCUCGGUUCAGGCAGAGACGGCCAUUAUCGGCGUCGACGAAGAGAAGACCAUAGGAACCGGAAUUGGCGCAACGCUGCAGCUUCUAAGAGAACGCCAGCUCCUGAAAGAAUCAGAAGCCGGCGACCUAAACGAGAAACAGCGUCAGCAUCAGAUGUUCCUCGCCGAGAAGAAGCGGAAGCUGGCGGAUAUUGAGCAGGAUGCGCGCAAUCAGCGCGAGCGAGAUCGCAACAGCGGCCGACUCGACAGGAUGUCAGUUCGGGAAAGGGAGGAGUGGGCGCGACAGCAGAACAACAUCCGUGACCAGCAGACGUCGCGGCAGUUAGUCGAUCUCUUCAACAGGGGGUAUAAGCCCAACGUCGAGUUGAAGUAUCAUGACGAUCACGGCCGCUCACUUGACCAAAAGGAAGCUUUCAAGCACCUCAGUCACCAGUUCCACGGCAAGGGAAGCGGUAAGGGAAAGACCGACAAGCGCCUAAAGAAGAUCGAGGAUGAGAAGCGACGUGAGGCGCAGAGCAUGCUUGACGCCAGCCAGAAUGUCGGCAUGAGUUCCGCAACUGCGCAACAGACCAAAAAGCGGAAAGAAGCUGGUGUGCGACUCGGAUGACCGUGUGCAGCAAUUGGCCAUUGCAAAGGUGCAUUUCCCUCGUUUGUAUACUUACAAUCAAUAGUAAAUCAUUGCUGACCCCAGAAUUGAAGUCCACCGCCCUCCGCAGUGUAUCGUGAGGAACCCGCACUAGCGCGAUGUCUUCGGCAUGGGAGAGCACGGAGUCGUGACCCUUCAUCUCUCGAUUUCGCCAUGAACGUCACUGCUAUCUUGAUUUGACCCGUUACUAAGUCCCGUAAGUCAUCACUAACCAACACGAUGCUGUAUAUUUGCCCACGAAAUAACCGGCAACACACAUAUUAUGUUCUUAUGUUUCAUAACCUGGUUGCGAGUUUUCCUUGCUUUCGCGGGUUACAAUGGUAAGUACCUUCCUCGGUACGUACGUCUGCUGGGUAAUGAGCCAAGUGGACUUGGAUUUCUACAUCAGGCUUCUAGAGAACACCGAAGGUAAGAGGUAGAAGUCAGCGGCGAAUGCAUGUAGAUAAGCCAUUGGAGUAAUCAAUCUUUAUUCGUCGUGAAGGGAAGGGGAAAAAAGAUGUAGACAGAAACGCGGGAUGCUGCUGUGACCAACUGGUC